AGAGAGAAAAGGGGGAGGAGACACCUUUGUUUCACAGCCUGGGUUUGUAAACAAGAGGAAGUCUAGACUCCCAGCUGGGGCUCUUGGCGGGGGGCUGCGGGUCUGUCGGAGGGGCGACUCCCCUCCCCAAAAGCCGCAUCGAGGCACCAUUUGACGCGGGGGCGCUUCAGUCGCUGCUCUUCGGACAGGGCUUUCAUCUGCUCCACUCCAGCGAGCUGUUUAGCUCUCCAGAACUCUCCUGCACCUUUUCUCCAGGUGUGACUCUGACCACAAUGGUGAGGCUGUCCAAGCCCAAAACUUUUCAGGCCUAUCUGGACAACUGUCACCGUCGCUACAGUUGCGUGCAUUGCCGGGCCCACCUGGCUAAUCACGACGACCUCAUCUCCAAGUCUUUUCAAGGAAGCCAAGGACGGGCAUAUCUCUUCAACUCUGUAGUGAAUGUUGGAUGUGGCCCAGCAGAGGAACGUGUUCUGCUGACGGGCCUGCAUGCUGUAGCUGACAUAUACUGUGAAAACUGCAAGACCACCCUUGGAUGGAAAUAUGCCUUCGAGACUAGCCAGAAAUACAAAGAGGGCAAAUUCAUAAUUGAACUGAACCACAUGAUUAAGGACAAUGGUUGGGAUUGAAAGCCAACCAUCAUCUUUGGACAACUAUAUGUAGGGGGUGGAGCCUAAGAAAUGUCGAAUUUCCACCAAGCCUGCCUCUACCUUCUCAACCAUUGGAUUGCCAUCCCAGGCACCUCCAGGGGCACCUGAGUUGUGAAGGAGGAGGUGGUGCUCCUGCCAGAGACACACACCCACAGCUCAGACAUGUUAACUUCCUGUGGCCCAAAGAUGGGAGCUCCGGAACACCGUUGGGCCAGGGACCGUGUGCAAGUAGGGACUGGGGUGGGGGGAGGACUACGGCUGGCUCUGUUGUCCAAAGAGAGUCUGUAUUAAGAGAAAUACAGAGGGGAAAUGUACAUUGCGAGGGAGAAGGGAAACGUUAGGCGUGUACAGUACCUGUGUGCGUGUAUGUGUGUAUGUAUUAUAUAAAUAAAAGCAUUGAAGUGA